CCGACUUUAUCUUUCUAUAUAAAAUGCUAUCUCUUCUCUCUCUCCUUCCACUUCCAGGCCUCCAAACCUAAUCUUUCUCUAUCUCUCACUAGCCUUUCUAGCUCUCUAUCUCGUCUUUCGUUUGAUCUGCAGUUAUGGCCGAGGAAACGGAGAAGAAGGCUUCGGAUACGGCGCCGGAAGAGGAGCUUGUGGUACCCGAGGCGAAAAGCGAUGAAAAGAGUCCGCCGGUGUUGGCAACAGCUGAGGCGGAGGAGGUGACGAAGAAACCAACUGAGGAGGCUCCGGCCGAAGUGGCCGUGGAGAAGGAGGCCGCGGAUGCGGUAGCGCCGGCUGCAACGGCGGAAGAGACGGAGGCUGUUAUUGAGCAGUCGGCUUCCUUCAAGGAGGAAAGCAAUCUCGUCGGCGAUCUGCUGGAGCCCGAGAAGAAAGCCCUUGAUGAGCUCAAGCAGUUCAUCCAAGCCGCCCUUGUUAAUAACGAAUUCAACCCCCCACCUCCACCUCCUCCAAAAUCGGAGGAGCCCCCGGCAUCUGAGGCCAAGGUAGAAGAACCUGCCGUUGCCGAGGAGCCCGCGGUGAAGGCUGAGUUGACUGCGCCGGUGGAGACCAAGGCGGAAGAGCCCAUCACCACGUCAACUUCAGAGGAAGCCCCUAAGACCGAAGAGGCUGCUACCUCUUCAGCUCCAGAGGAACCCAAAGUCGUUGAGUCCGUGGAGGUUAAGGCGGUGGUGGUUGACGAUGACGGGGCAAAGACUGUGGAAGCUAUCGAGGAGACCGUUGUACCUGUAACCCUACCUCCACCUGCUGCUGAAGAGGUAGCCCAGGCGUCAGAGGCAGAGACCGAGAAAGAACAUAUUAAGGAGCCUGAAGCUCCAGCGUCAGUUGAGGCCCCGCUGGCUCCUCCAGCAGAGGAGUUCAUUUGGGGAGUUCCUCUUGUUGGAGACGAAAAGAGUGAUACUGUCCUGCUGAAAUUUCUCAGGGCCAGGGAUUUCAAGGUGAAGGAUGCUCUGGCCAUGAUCAAGAACGCUGUGAUUUGGAGGAAGCAAUUUGGCAUCGAGAGCCUGCUGGAGGAGGACCUGGCAGUGCCGGAGCUUAAGAAGGUGGUGUUCUACCAUGGGCAAGACAAGGAAGGUCACCCUGUCUGCUAUAAUGUUUAUGGAGAGUUCAAGGAUCAGGAACUCUAUGCUAAGGCAUUUGGGGAUGAAGAGAAGAGAGAGAAGUUCUUGAGGUGGAGAAUUCAGUUCCUGGAGAAGGGGAUUAGGCAGCAACUGGAUUUCUCUCCCCAAGGAGUUUGCACUAUGGUGCAGGUUACGGAUCUUAAGAACGUCCCAGGACCAGGAAAGAAAGAACUCCGGCAGGCCACCAAGAAGGCUUUAGCCCUACUCCAGGAUAAUUAUCCUGAGUUUGUGGCCAAGCAGGUGUUUAUAAAUGUUCCAUGGUGGUACCUUGCAUAUAACCGAGUGAUGAGUCCAUUUUUUACGCAGAGGACUAAGAGCAAAUUUGUUUUUGCUGGUCCUUCCAAAUCUGCAGAAACUAUCUUCAGAUACAUAGCUCCAGAACAUGUUCCUGUUCAAUAUGGAGGUCUGAGCAAGGAUAAUGAUCCAGAUUUCACUAGUUCUGAUGCUGUUACUGAGGUCAUCAUUAAGCCGUCAAGCAAGCAUGUUAUAGAGUUGCCAUCUUCUGAGCCAUCUCUUCUUGUUUGGGAGCUCCGAGUAUUAGGAUGGGAUGUGACCUACAGUGCUGAGUUCGUUCCAAGCUCAGAGGAAGGUUACACAGUGCUUGUGCAGAAGGCUAGGAAGUUCUCGGCUGCUGAUGAACCAUAUAUAAAGAACAGCUUCAAGGUAGGUGAGCCUGGAAAGAUCAUUCUAAACAUUGACAAUGCUACCACCAAGAAGAAGAAGCUCCUCUAUAGAUCAAAGACUAGGGGCACCACUGAAUCUGCUUGAGGUGAUACUUUUUGCCUAAAAUGGAUCAGUGAAGAUUCAAAAACUUGUGAAAAAGUUGAAGGAAAGUAUAUGGUGGGAGUGAUUUAUGAUUAAAGGUUGAUUUUUUUCUGUUAUUUCCUUGAUUGGUUUCUCUUAAUGGUUAAGUAUAUGUUUUAUUAUUGUUUUUGGGUUCAUGGGUUGUGUUGGUUUGUUAAAAAUGAAAGUUGUGUUCUUUGAGGAGGAGAAAGGGUGAUGGGUUCUGUAAAUCCUCUAAGACUUGACCUUUGUGGAAUAUUUCUCUUGUUUAUCAAUAUUUUCUGUCAUUUUUAGAGAACUUGCCACAGUAUAGGCAUCAAAUUCUGGUUUCUUCUCAA